AUGUCUACCACCACCUUCGCAGUUCCUGCCCGACAACCGUUUGGUGAAACUAGCCAGACUCGCCUUCGCAAUUUAGCGAACUUAAAGAACACGCAGAAUGGUUCGUACCCUUUGCCCGACACUUCUUUCAAAGUCUUCGUAACUAGCAGUGCUGACUCGUUACAAGCGGUCAUCAACGGCAUUACGUCGACGCACAAACCAUUCGCAGCUACGAAAUACUCAAAGGCCAACGUUGAGAACAUUGAACCAUCCGUCAACUUUGUCCCUACAAAAGGCAAAGUCUUUGGAUUGAAUGCCCAUGCAAAGGGGAAUAGCCCGUCCUUUUAUCUUUCGACGGCCAAGGCAAACAAAGAUGCUACGCUACCUCAACUUUGUGGCAGCAAACGCAAGAACGACUCAGAGUCGCCAUCCCUCGAGGUUGCAACCAAACGUCGCGGACCGGAUUCCAGCAUUGACGCUUCUACCACUGUGCAACGCACGCAAAAGUAUCGAGGCAUUGGCCAGAGUCGUCUAGACAAAAAGGCAUUUGCGAAAGGCGACAAAAUACGUGCAAAGACGAGCAUUACUGCUGGACGGUCUUACCGUAACAAAACCAAUGCCGUAACCAGCAUAAAUCCACCGGUAUCGGCUUCGCCAAACAUACUAUCUCUCAAUGAAGCUCUGGCUGGCACCUCCAAAUACCAAAAGAACUGGGACUUCAAAAUCUAUGAGGAUACCAGUAAUGACAACUACUUCAAUACCUUGACCCAUAGUACAGAAAAAUCUUUUUCGAUAUCCAAUUCUCCUUCGCCCGAGGAGUUCGAAGUCGAGGAGAAUAACAACAAGGAGAACGAACCUCCUUGUGAUUACGUAGCUGCCGGCAACGCCGCCGUAGCACGCCGGGACAAAAUGUCUGACGAAGUCCGGACACCUCUUGGUGAUUUGAAUACUAAAGAAUUCUACGGAGACGGCUGUGAUCAGAGUUCUUAUGUGUUCAUCCCCGAGGAUGAGCCACAGGUUACACAACACGCCAGCCUUGAUAAUACCUUGAACGGAAUGCUAGUCGCUAAUGACACUCAUGACGGUAGUAUUUCUGGUGGCCGGGUCGGGUGGGAAGAUCUCAUUGCAAAAUUGCCGUCGAAGAAAGACAUCGGUGCACACGAUACUUUGGCGCCCGAGGAUGAUGAUACGAAAGACCCGGAGUUUCAGAUAUGGGAAAGCUCUUCUGCAAAAGCAGAAAAUGAGACUGUUGAGGAAACUAAUGGUGAUGGAGAGGAGCGUGCUGUGGCAGAGCCAUUCGAAUCAUAG